AUGCAGCUAAAGUGCCUGGUUAUUGUUUUAGCAAUUUCCCAAGGAAUCUGUACAGAUUUAGACCUUUCGCAGUCGGUGCCACAGGUUAACCUGGGUGAUGUACCCGCAAAUGGACAAUCCUAUCAGAUAGUUCGCGUUAUCGAGUAUAUAGUGCCGUAUCCCUACCAGAGACCAACAAAAAUAUCAGCUAGAAGUCCGGAUGUAGAAGCCAAGGAACCAAACAGCCUGGAAAUUAUACCCGCUGAAAUCGAAAGUUUACUUACCAGUGAACAAACUACAGAAAAGCCAAAGACAGUCAAGCAUUUUCUGAUGAGAGUACUUCACGAGGACAAGGUCAUUUGCAGUGGCGCUCUAAUCUCCAGCCGAUUGGUUUUGACCUCAGCCCAUUGUUUUCCCAAAAACCGUAAGCUUGCAGCACAGUUUUACAAAUUGCAGGCCAGCCGAAGUCGAAUAUAUCCAGUGGCUAGUAUAAUACUUGGAGCCAUUGAGGACAUGGCCCUCCUUAAGCUCAAAUUUCCGCUGCAGGAUGCCUUCCUCCAGCCAAUCGAACUCUGUGACACUCCACUUCGGCGAAAUGACAAUGUCACCAUGUACAUGUCGCAGCAGCACUUGCGUUUCCUGCGCACCAAACUCAUCGCCAACAGGAACUGUAAGAGGAGCUAUGCCCAGGACGAGAACGCCUUCAUCACCAGGAACAUGUUGUGUGCCCAAAACUCGAACAGACUGGUCGACUGCCAGACGGCCAAGGGGGACCUGCUCCUCCAUCAGGAUCGGGUGUGCGGCGUCGACAUCUACGGACAGCACUGCUCCGAUGGAGCCGUCAACGGAGAGCUCUUUGCGGACGUGUUUAAGGCUAGGACCCAACUUCAGCGAUUGAUUGAGCGGUAUUCAAUGUGA